AUGACGGAUGCAUGUGUGGCAUUUCUGCUGGAACACCUAAAAAACUUUUAUGUUUCCCACGUUGAUAUGCUUGAAGAUGUCAAUGAGAAGGUGGAACAUCUGUUAAGGGACUUGACUAUUUCUAAAAGCUUCAUCAACGAGUAUACAAAAAAAAGCAAUAUGAGUUCCAUUGAAGCAGAAUUUGUGAAACAAGUUAGGGAUUUGGUUUACCGGUCUGAAGAUAUGAUUGACAAAUUCGUUCAUGAGGCUUCUAUCCAGACAAUGAUUCCAUUUUGGAAAGAGAACAGACUUAAAAUAUUGAAGAGCGAGAUCGAGUCUAUCAGGACAGAAGUGAAACACUUGUAUGAGAUCAAGUAUAAUUUUGAGAGCCUACUAGUUGGGGAAGGACGUGGUGGCAGCAAACACAAUGAAAAGGCUCUUUUGUGCUUCUUGGUAAGAAAACUGAAGUAA